AGUCGCCGUAUGGUAAUUUUGAGAAUAACUGAAAAAUGCGUAUGUGCUCGGUGCGAAACUUAACUAUUAUGGGCGCUGUGCGUGCUUGACAUGUUAACACUCAACCGAUUCACACUUCCUUCCUGAACCGGUUAACCAUCUGUCAAAGUCAAAAAUUUCAAUACAUCUAAUUUUUUGUGUAUAUUGCAGCCGUAGACCGUCAGUCGUUUUGUGCCAAGAAUCGCGUAUGAUAUUUCCGUUUGAUGUGCGUCUCGAAUCUUUGAAUUAAAGUGUUAAGUCAGUGGAAAAUCAUCGAUCCGCAGAAAUCAACACCGUUUAAUUCCGUUUGCAUUUGUUUGCUUGCGAAGAAGUGCGAGAAGUGUUCAGGCGAAAUCCGCAUUAAUUGCGGAGUCCCGCUGUGUCAAUAAAUCGGAGUGAUCUGGUUAUCAUUUUUCCUAAUUGGAUUUGCCUACUGACGGCGAUGUGAUAUGAGCGGCCAGCAACAGAACAAGCGAAACUCGUCCUUAAUGAAUAAAGAAACUCAGGACAUUGUUGAAGAACCUGAUGAAACUCAAGAAGAGACGCCAGGGAAAAAGUCGCCAGAUAAUGGAUUGAAUGGAUCGGUUGAAGAUUAUGGAGGCAGUAGUAGUUCUUCUGCAUCUAACACAUCGAAUAUCCUGCGACCUUCACCCACACCGACGAGAAAAACUCCCAGCCCAACUGCAAGUCCACGUGGGAGUCCGAAAUUAGGAAAUAGAAAUGAAGCGCAUCACGUGAAAAGUCCUUCACAGAGUUCGAUAUCCGUUAAUGCAGAGAAGAGUGAUAAUGCUGAGGAUUCAGUGAGUAAAUCCAGCGACAGUAGUUCACAACAAACUUCGAGUGAUUUUAACAAAUCGACAACACAAGUUGAUGCCGAGAAACCAAAAGCAGCAUCGAAAAUAUCGGAACGUGCUAAGAAGAAAUCAUGGUAUAAUGUCUUAUAUCCAUCGUAUAAGUCAAGGUCAGAGGAUUUCAAGAAAUUAUUCAAAGAAGUGCCUGAUGAUGAGCGUCUGGUUGUAGAUUAUUCAUGUGCAUUACAAAGGGAUAUCCUGGUGCAUGGACGGCUUUAUGUUUCGCAAAAUUAUUUAUGUUUUUAUGCUAACAUAUUCAGAUGGGAAACAUGUUUAUGUAUAAAGUGGAAAGAUGUUGAAAGUAUUACAAAAGAGAAAACAGCUCGUGUGAUUCCGAAUGCGAUUUUAGUGUCUACAAAAACAGAAAAGUAUUUUUUAACAUCAUUCACCACUCGUGACAAAGCGUUUUUAAUGCUAUUUCGAGUAUGGCAAAAUGCGUUGAUGGACAAGCAAAUGCAACCGCAGGAAAUGUGGCAAUGGGUACACAACUGCUAUGGUGAUGAAUUAGGAUUAACAAGUGAUGAUGAAGAUUACAUUGAUCCUUAUCUGAGUAAAGAAGAAGACCAAUCGGGGACGAGUUUACUACCGAUAGAGGCAAGAAACAAAUCGACUGGUAGCUCUGAAGAUCAAAAUUCUACAGACAAUAAGCUGAGUAAUAGCAAUAUGGUGACCGGUAGUGACGGAACUAAAGUGGAAGUUUCUCCAAAGAACUCCAGCGACGAGAAAGUGAAAAUGUCAGAGACAAAACGAAAGAACACAAAGAAUGCGCGAUCUAAGGACGAUAGUAUGAUUAAAACAUCAGAAAAUCUGCCAACUGAUUCUUCGAAUUCUAGCGAUUCAGAGGAAGACAAAAGCAUUCCAUUUAUUAGUACGGCUGAAUGUACGUCAAUGCAUGAAGGACGACAGCUUGUGCACACAAUUUUGCCAAUCAAUGUUGAUACUUUGUUUAAUUUACUAUUUUCCAAGUCAAAAUUCCUCGUAGACUUCCAUGCCGGCCGAAAGUCAACGAAUAUGGCCCACGGGAAUUGGACCAUUGGUGAAGAUGGACUCAAAGUUAGAACUGUGAACGUUACGGUAGCUUUAACACAUGUUGGACCAAAAACAUCAAAUGUGACGGAAACGCAAGUGAUGAGGGAAUGUAGUCAACCAGGGCAACUUUACUCCAUAGAUGUGAAUAGUGUAAACGCCGGGAUUCCAUAUGCUGAUAGUUUCUGUGUUCUGAUGCAUUAUUGUCUUGUGAAAACGGUUGACGACCAUACCAUGCUAUCCGUACAUUGCCAGAUUAAAUUUAAGAAAUCCAUAUGGGGUGUAGUAAAAGGCUUUAUAGAAAAAAAUACAUGGGCUGGUCUCGAAGAUUUCUAUACGGCUCUUUUGCGUGCCCUGCAAAGUGAAUAUUGUAUACCGCCAGCAAAGGGAAAAGGACGACGUCCAAGGAGAGAUAAACUUAAAGGUACCUCAACGUUGCCUCGACCAAUAGAAGAAGCCGUCACCGUACCUGCCCUGCAACCUGAUGUCGCUAAAAGUAAACUUCCUAGUCCAAAUGCAGCUUUCACGGAAUCAUCAAAUAAAUAUAAAUUGAUUUCCUGGUCUGUCAUUGUAUUAUUGACAGCAUUAAUUUUCCUAAAUGUGAUACUACUAUUUAAGCUAUGGAAUUUAGAAUCAAGAGGUUUCGGCGAUGAAGCGGCAGCAUAUUUUCCAGAUUUUUCGGCUUUGAAAGACCUUCCUAAAAAUCAUGAAGAUUGGAUUGAACUUUUAAGGCAACAAGAAGCUUUGCAUGAAACCGAAAUGCGUAAAUGGCAAGCCGUUCUGCAGACUGCUAUUGAGCUGCUAAAAAAGACUGAAAGUACAUUGAGCGACCUCUUGCUUAUAAUUCAGUUCCAAAGAGCCUCUCCUUCCACCACUCAAAGUCCUGUUCCCGAUUUUGAAAGAGAUCUAUAAAGGCGACUUUCCUAGCAUAAAAGCGUAGAGUAAUUGAUGACACUAGACAUCCCAAAUAUCCAAGAAACUAGGCUGUUGGUGGGGAAGAUAAUUAGCGUCGGUGACUAAGAAAAUUCUGUUUUAAGAUACAAAUUUGACUAACAUAGGACUAAUAGAUUUGGACAGUUGUUUUGGAAAUAUAAAUCGCAAAGGCUUUCUGGCCUAGAACUAAACUAAACUCUGGAAUAUAGUGAAUUUUUAUCUACUCAUUUAAGUACGAUCUAAAUAGGCUAAAAGGACUAUGUAUUUAGAGUCAGUAAGAAGAGCAUGCACUGUGGACUAUAUAAAUGUUGUAAUGACUAAUAAGUUUUGCUUUCAUUUCGAUUUCAUUUUGUAUUAUGUGAUAGUAAUGAUAGGAUGAAUCUAAAGAUGUAUGAAAGUUAAUAUCUAACUUGUUAGUUGUAUUUUGCUUACAGUUAUAUAAUUGCGUAUUUUGUAGUAAUUUAAGAAAGAAUAGUAUUGAAAAGAUGGAAAGAAUAAAAUCUAGUUUUAUUGAUUGA